AUGACCCCAAGAUACCAUCCACCUAAUCCGGACCUCCAACAGUCGCCAGGAAGGUUAGCGUCUCACACUCCAAACACUAGACAUGAAAGCGUUGUCUCUACUUCGUCGUCUUCACACCAGUUUGUUGUUGGUGCUGGCCGGAAGCCACUGGAACCACGCCUAUCUCGGGGGAAGUGUUUAGCGUCGGCUCUGGCAUCCAUCCUUUCACUUGUGACGAUCCUGGCGGUGUUGGCACUGUGUCGGACCAGCCAAAGGAGACUGGAUUCUGGAGGAGCAGUACGGCGUAGUCUUUCGGAUACGGAAGAUGACCGGGAGCAGUCGGAAAUUGUAGAGCAAUGCCUGGAUUUGGAACAGGAGCUUGGCCUUCCGGUAGCUGCUUCGGCGUACGGCGAGGAGGCCAGCGAGGCAACCUCCAGAAUAGUCGCCAUGCUAUAUGAUUCUGCAGCGGCUUUUGAACAGAUGAGGGUUCUUGGUUUACAGAAGAGACAGGAUGGGGCUCAUUCGCCCCCGCCUAAGCUUCCUCGGCUGCACCAGGCAGGGCCGCCCGCCUUGUACUCACAAGGGUCUUUCGGCUCCUUCUGGCCACAGUCUGGUGGAGGGCUAGUCGAAAGUGUUGUCGGCGCCUUAGAUGCAGAUGCCUGGGUGACGGAUGAUUCUGAGCUAGUCUUUGGAGAAGGCGAGCAGCAGCGACACAUGGCGAAACCGGAGGAAGUACCAGGCCUUCAGCGGAAGGUAUCAUCGUCUCAAAGUUAUCCGUUGGCAUUGUAUGAAGGAGACAGUAAGCCGUCGGCUGCUCUGUCGCUGGGCAAACCGAACAGCGCUGAGCCCGGGCUGUCUCCUAAAGGCUGGAUCGACGGUUCGUGA